AUGAAAACUACCAUAACAACUACAACAAGAAGCUCCCCUUCGCCAUUAAUUCAGCCUCGGAAACCCAAAACUCUGUUCCCCGAGAGGUUUCACUCAACCUCUCCAUUCAAGCACCUGGCUGCAGCUGUAAUCCCAGCUCCAAGAGCCGCAUCCGGGCUGAGAUGCAGCAAGAACGGCAGCCCCCCAUCGGCAAGUGGAAGCGGGGGAAAUUUGAAGGAUUUGCUGUCUGGUAUGGUGGACGAGAGGGUAGAUGAACUCUUGAGCAGAGAAGAGAACAAGGGUUUGUUGGACGGGCUGGAGCAAGCUUCCAGGAGAGUUGAAAUGGCCAGGCGGGAGCUUGCUGAGAUGAAAAAGCAGGAAAUUGAGGCCAAGAUUAUGAGGGAUUACGUUAAUCAGCUCGAAUCAAGAGCCUCUGAGAUUGCAGAAUGCCAGAAAGAAAUAUCGGAAGCAAGGGCAAUGGUGGAAGAAGCUGAACGGUCAUUGACGGACCAAAGCAGGAAAGCCUCCAAAGAUGAGGAGAGAUUGGAGUCUGUUAAAGCUGCUUCAUUAUCUGCCAUCAUCGGCACUCUUGCCGAGCUCCCCAUUUCCUUAACUCGAGUUACCAGCAAUUCCGAACUUUUACUUCCUCUGGCCAUUACCUUUGUUAGCUGUGCACUGUUUGGGGUGACUUUCAGAUAUGCAGUCAGAAGAGACUUGGACAAUUUCCAGCUAAAAUCUGGGACAUCUGCAGCUUUUGGAUUCGUAAAAGGGCUCGGUAUGCUGGGAGGCGGACCACCGUUGGAGUUGGAAGCCGGCAGCUUUCUCUCGCAUGCUUUUAGUGGUUCGGUUUACGUUUGUGAAAGUAUUUUGAUCUUUCUAUUUGCAGGAGUUGCUCUGGACUUCUGCAUUAAGUUGAGAAUUCUAAGUCCAUUUCCAAUUGAUCCAUCCAUCCUUUCCAAGGACAUGAACUAA